AUGUCUGUGCCUAUUAUCGGGUCCUUGCUUGACACGGACAUGUACAAGUUGACUAUGCAUGCUGCUGUGGUGCUAAACUUUCCAGAUGUAGAGACGGUAUACAAGUACACGAAUAGAUCGCCACAAAUGACAUUCAACAAGGAAGCUGUGGCAUGGCUUCGACGUGAAAUUGAUAGUUUGAGCGAAUUGAGGUUCACGGACGACGAGAUCAGCUAUUUGAGGCAGUCAAUCCCAUUUUUACCCGAGGCCUAUUUAGAAUAUCUUUGCAGCGGACAAGUCUCAUUGCGUCCCAAUGAGCAAAUUGAAUUAUCCACUGAGCCAGCCGACGGUGGGGACAAGUUUCAUUUGAAGCUGCAGGUUCGUGGUUUAUGGAAAGAUACGAUCCUUUACGAAAUUCCACUUCUGGCACUUAUUUCGGAAGCUUAUUUCAGAUUUGUCGAUACCGAUUGGAAUUACGACAACCAAGUGGAAAAUGCCUACCAAAAGGCUCUCAAGCUUAUCGAUAAUGGUAUCAACUUCAGUGAGUUUGGUAGCAGACGAAGAAGAUCGAGAGUAACGCAAGACCUGGUUAUGAGUGGGAUCAUGGAAGCGGUCGGAAAAAGUGGCCAAAAUGGUAGUGCUUGUUUUGCCGGGACUUCCAAUGUUUUUUUUGCCAAGAAAUAUGGCGUCAAGCCGAUCGGUACCGUUGCUCACGAAUGGAUGAUGGGCAUAGCGUCCUUGACCAUGGAUUUUGUCAAUGCCAACAAAGACGCAAUGGACUACUGGGUGAACACUUUUGGAGGCGCAAAUGCCGGUCUUGCUUUGACGGACACAUUCGGCACAGACAACUUUUUGAGAUCGCUAAAGCCUCCAUAUUCUGAUUACUAUGUUGGUGUCCGUCAAGACUCUGGCGAUCCAGAAGAGUACACCAAGAAAAUUGCGCAUCACUACACGGAGGUGCUGAAAUACCCACCUUUUUCGAAGAUUAUCUGUUACUCAGACUCUUUAAAUCCUGAAAAGGCGAUUGAAUACGCCGCCAUGGCCCACAAGUAUGGUCUCAAGGCCACUUUUGGGAUCGGUACCAAUUUCACUAACGAUUUCAAUAGUGUCAAGAACCCAUCUCAGAAAAGUGAGCCACUGAACAUCGUUAUCAAACUAUUGGAAGUCAACGGAAACCCUGCAAUCAAGAUCUCAGAUAACCUGGGCAAGAACAUGGGAGACCCGGAGACCGUUCGGAAAGUGAAGAAACAACUUGGAUACACAGAACGUGCGUGGGCAGGCGACAACGAGGCUCACAGGUGGACCUCCUGA